GGUUUCUCUUCAAAUUUACGCCCUGUCAAACGGAGGAGGCCGAGACAUGAUGCCGAGCCCCAGUCCGGUUGCCGAACCUGAGCGGACACCGAUACCCAGACCCCGGUGUCUGACGUGUAAGCGCCGAAAGGUCAAAUGCACUGGGGGCCCUGAGCCAUGUGAGAACUGUCGUCGACUGCGACUUGACUGUACUUUUAACUAUUCGGAGAUCAAUCUGUCACCAGAAGUCCCGAAUCCACAAGGACUUUCAGCCCCGGCAGACAAUCUGACGGAAGCCGGGACCAAACGACGGCGAAUUGCGGCCGCAUGUACGGAGUGCCGUGUUCAAAAGGCCAAGUGCUCCGGCCACCGCCCGCAAUGCUUCCAUUGCAAUCGAAGGAAACUAUCAUGCGUAUACCCAUCAUCGGCAUCAAGGCGUAAGGGCAGACAUGUCGGGGGACAACAGCAACAGUCUGCUUCUCCAGAAUCUAGCAGCACCUUCAGCCAGAGCGCCUCCUAUGAGGCAGAAUCUACACUGAACCAGCAGUACGGCGUCGGCAGGGUGUCUCUGAACACGGCCCUAGAUCACGCUCUCCUCAGUACAGACGUGAUCCGUCAGCAUCUCGAGGCGUACUUUGACCACGUCUAUCCAAUAGGCCACGAUUUCUUCCAUCGGCCAUCCGUAAUGGAAGAGUUUUAUGCCGGGAAGCUACCACCCAUCCUCUGCACGUCAAUAUGCGCGACCGCAGCAAUGUUCGUCUCCCGCUCGCGCGAGUCGCGAGUCCUAUCCGUUCAGUGGGCCAAAGAAGUAGACGCCUACAUAUUCGGCAACCUCAAUGUUUUCAAGGUGCUCAACAUCCAGCUGCUCAUCCUCUCCAUGUUUCAAAACUUCGCCUACAGGCAGUUCGGCAAGAUGUGGCUGCUCAUCAGCAUGGCCGCAAGGUUAGCAGUCUCAUUUCAGCUCAACGACGAGAGACCGGCGUCUGAGAAUGAUACCACCGCCGCGCUCAUCAAGCGCGAGUGUGAGCGGCGCCUGGUGUGGCAUGUGUGGACUAUGGAUAAGAUGCUCUCAGCGGGUCUGGAUGAGUUCACUUCGUUACCAGAUCGGUGGAUGAGGACUUCGUUGCCAAACUCAGAACAUGCUUUCUGCCACGGACUAAUGAAGCCGACCGGCAGGCUUAGUGAUGGGGUGGAGGCACUUGCAUCCCAUGAAGCUGGGCCUAACGCCUACUUGAUAAUGCUCUUACCGCUUCGCUGUGAGAUACUGCGGUAGGCUUUUGAAGACUUUCCUUCCUCCAUUGACAUAGUUGAUACUGACGCCCACAGAUUAACAAAGAGAAUCGUUAUAGAUAGCCACUCAAACCACUCCCCAACCGCAGUUUCCAAAGCAG